AUGCCAGAAGAUUCAAAAAAGAAUAAACAAAAAGUUAGAAAUGAUCCUAAAGAACAGAGACGUCCUCGUCAGCGUCACCAAGCUGGUGCUAUGGAAACGAAAAUCCAUAAGAAAGAAGAGGAAAUAAAAGCCCCCAUAGCUCCUCCAAAUCACGAAGAACCUGGACCUGAUUUUUAUAAAAACUUGAAAAGAGAAACGGAUGAAAUCCUAAAAAUAACUGAAGAAGAGAAUCAAAAGUAUAAAAAGAAGGAAAUACAAAGUAACUGGUCUAAAUAUGAAAUGCCAAUGGAAAGUUAUGAUGAAAUUGAAGAACAUGAAAAUAUGGGGGCAGACUAUGAGAAACUUAUCGAAGCACCACAAUCAAUUGGUGGAUAUUUCCAGUUCAAACAUGAAAAGUCUUGGGAUGUUGAUAUUGGUCCAUCUCCUUACGAUAAGUUCUUCGAAAUUAAUAUGGAUGAUUUAUUUUUAUCUGUGUCCACAAUACCAUUUUAUAACCGCGAUAAUAUACAAAAAGAAGUUUUCACUGAAAGUGAUAUUUUAAAUAUGAAUAAUAGAGCAACAAAAUUUAAACAAAAAUAUUCCAAUGAUAAAGUAAUUACAACUCCAGAGAGUGAUGAAAAAAUUAACACUAUAGAAGAAACUGAUAUAAGUAUUUAUAGUGAAAAGGGAAAUACUAAAGAAAUUAUUAACGAAACCAGCAAAAAUCUUUCUUAUCAAAACUUAGUACCAGAAAAUAUUGAAAACCACGAGAAAACAAGUGCAAUAAAAGAAAUACCUUUCGCCAAAACGUGUGAUACAGACAUACAAAUAAUCAAACAAUUGGCCAAUAACAGUCAAAUCACAAGAGUCGAUCAAAAAAACGAUGAUGAUAUCGAAGAUCUUGAUGAUAUUUUAAAUGACGAAAAGAAAAUUAAACACGAAGACAUUGCAGAUAGUCUGGAAAUUCCAGAAAUUCCAAAAGAUUUGGUAGCUGUUACAAAUAUGAAGACAGAAACUGAAAAAAUUCCAGUUAUUGAAUCACCAGAAGAUUUAGAAAAAUGGCUAGACGACUUUUUAGAUGGAUGA